GUCAUUUUGCGUCGUAAAUUGUGUUAGGUCUGUAUAAAAUUCCGCUUCGAGUGCGAUAAAUAUCUACGGAGAAAAUGUGGAGUAGCUAGACUAUGUGCGUAGUCUAACGUUAUUUAGUUGAAUCUGCUAGGUUAAGUGAAAAAGAUGGCUAGAAGGCAAGUUAUCGCGACAGUGUAGACUAAACUAGACUAGCAUAAAGCAGCAAAGCAAACAAGUAACGUUGAUGCUUAACAUAUCCCAUGCGGGCGAGGCUUACUUAUGGAAGAUUUUCAGUGAGCCUAUUAAAUGAAAUCGCUACAGCGGCACAGUGAAAUGUACAUAGUACCUCUUGCAUUUGGUCCGUGUACGUUGGGGAUAUUUUGAUUUUCUUUUCAAAAACGAACUCACGUUAUUUCGUUUUUUUAUAUAAAACGAAUUAACCGAUAAAUGGCGUGUUUAUUCCAUUUCUAAAGUUUCCCACCGGUAGUUGAUUCAGAUUUCAAACCGUAAUUCAUGUUUUACAUGUACAUUUGUAUACGUUUUGUGUGUACGCGUGGAACUAAAAAACAACUAGCCUACCCAAAAAAGAGUUUUUAAGGGUGAAAUGCGUUUUUGUCCAACCAGGAAGUAGCAAUCAGCGCGAUUCGUGAUAGGUCACUCCCAGAGUGGAGGAAAAAACAGUAUUUCCAAAAAAAUUGACUAUAUUGUGAGCAAAAUAGUACAUUUGUGACAGGUUUGGAGAUAAUACCAUUGAUUCCCAUUCAAAUCUCAGAAUGCUAAAUAGCUUCAGAAUACUAAAUCGUUCUCGCGGACACAAACCAACGGAGUCGGCUAUCUCCAUCUUUGACAUAAUUACAGUGGUCCUGAAGGCCAAGACAAACUAACAAAUCAGAGAACGCAAAUACAAUUCAUAAAACACAUGAACAACACGUGGCCUCAUUUACAAAAUGUUUAUACGCACCGUCGCACGGAUAUGAUCCUAAAUUCCUAUGCAAUGCCGUUGCACUGCAGGCUCAACGAAUAUGUUUUUCCGACCUGAGUAUAUGGAGAUGUAUAGGCUAUUAGGCUUGACCAUGCGCACGUCGGUUUUACUUUUGUGAUAAGCACUGUGAGACGCAAUGUUGUGUACCAUUAAAUAGGCUAUUGCAGCCGUACGCGUAAGGUUCGGGGGAGACGGUGUGACAUGUCACCCCCCAGUAUUUUCAUAUACUGUAUACUUGUUGCAGACUCGGUAGUAUACUUGUCAGACUUGACGUUGGACUACGCAAGACUAGGUGGUCCUGCGGUGUCUCCCCCUUGAAGUGGAAAUUUUACUAUGUUGAUUAAGGAAGCCCUGAAAGCAAGGUGAAAAAUUGCUUUAAAUGUCGCCCAAAAACCAAGAUUAUCUCCUACAUACAAGGUUCAGCAAUCAUCAAUCCAACAGGAUCCGUGACUCGGUAGGGAGGUGGUUUGAGAGACUAUGGGGGUGAAGGUACUGCGCCCUCGGUGUUUCUUUGACAUAAGCAUCAACAACGUCUGUGUGGGGAGAGUUGUUGUUGAGCUGUUCUCAGAUGUGUGUCCAAAGACAUGUGAAAACUUUCGCUGCCUCUGCACAGGAGAGAAAGGAGUUGGGAAAGGCACCCAAAAACCACUACAUUAUAAAGGGUGCUUAUUCCACAGAAUUGUAAAGGACUUCAUGAUUCAAGGAGGAGAUUUCAGUGAAGGUAAUGGCAGGGGAGGGGAAUCCAUUUAUGGAGGAUUCUUUGAAGAUGAGAGUUUCUCGGUCAAACACAACAAGGAAUAUCUUCUGUCUAUGGCAAACAGAGGCAAAGAUACAAAUGGGUCACAGUUUUUCAUAACAACAAAACCUACUCCUCAUCUGGAUGGAGUCCAUGUGGUUUUUGGUCAAGUGAUCUCUGGCCAGGAAGUGAUUAAGACCAUUGAAAUUCAGAAGACAGAUGCCAGCAGUAGGCCAUAUGCUGAAGUCAAGGUUCUCAACUGUGGAGAACUUAUUCCAAAAUCUAAAGCAAAAAAGAAGAGGCACAGGUCGUCCACCUCACCCUCCAGAGAGAGCUCCAGUGAGUCUGAUUCAUCGGUGGACUCCUCCAGUUCAGAUGGGGAGCUGGAGAAGGAAUCCAAGAAGUGCAAAAGGAAGCACAAGAAAGAGUCCAAGAAGAAGAGGAGAGAUCGAAAACCAGUUAUUGAUGAUGACGGCUCUCAGGAAGAUGACAGUGGUGAGGAGAAGGGAGAGACCCAACUUGUGUCCACUGUGCGGCCUGAGGAGAUCCCUCCCAUUCCAGAGAACAAGUUUCUUAUGAGGCGAAGUCCCCAGCUGCAGCAAAAAUCUGAAACUGGAAAGGAAAAAGAAAAGGAGAAACUGAGGGUCAGCACGGUGUUUAACUCUCAGCAGUCAUCGUAUCAAAGAAGACUGUUGGUGACGCGUUCUGGCAGGAAGAUUAAAGGAAGAGGGCCAAGACGCUACAGGACUCCGUCACGCUCCAGAUCCAGAUCAAGGGACCGUUUUUGGCGCAGUGAGACCCCUCCACACUGGCGCCAAGAGAUGCAGAGGGCCCAGAGGAUGAGGGCCCCAUGUGGAGAGCGCUGGAUCAAAGGAGACAAGAGUGAUUCAAUGGAGGGAAAGAAUGAAAUCACCAAGUCCUCAACAAGAGGGAGUGAGAGCAAAUGGGACAUCUCAGAUGGCCCCAAUCUAAACUGGGACAAAGAAAGAAGGAGCCAUCCGCACAGGUCUACGAGCAAAGAGAGGAAUGACCAGAAGGCUGACAAGGACAAGAAACAUGACAAACACAAAGCCAAGAAAAAGGACAAAUCCCACAGUCGUAGCAGGAGCAAAGGAAGGGGUUGCAAGUCACACAGCAGAGAGAGGGAUCACAAGUACAGCAAGGGUGAGGAAAAGAGGGAUAUCUCAAUGAGCAAGUUUAGAAACCAUGCCAAAGGGAAGGAAACCUCUGAAUUGGGGACAAAAGAGAGGGAGAAGAGCAAAAGCAUAGAAAGGACAAAGGGAGCUGAGGCAGAGGCAAAGGAAAAGAAGGAAAGGAGGGGCAGGAACAGGGAUAAGUCCAGGGCUAAGUCCAGGAGUAUGGAGAGGGACUCCAACAAGGACCAACAGAAGUGGCCCGGCAGCAGGAGCAGAGAGUGGGGCAAGCAGGGCUUAUCCUGGGAUAGAGACCGAGAUCGGGAGCAGAGCCUGCGUCCCUGGGACAGGGAGAACCGGAGGAGAGGGAGGUCCAAGAGCCAGGACAGAAAGAGGAGUCCAAACAAGGGCAAGAGUAGAGACUCACGGAAGGGAUGGAGGUCCAGGAGCAUGAGUGGCAAUGACCAAGACAACAGUCACAAUAAGGACAGCUCCUCUCACAUGAAGAGCCGAGCAGACAAGGAGGAGCACAGAAGGAAGAUAUCUAAGAGCUGUAGUAGCAGCAGGAGCAGCAUCAGCUCUGUCAGUGGUGCAGAGCACAGGGGCAGGAACAAGGGCAGUCAAAGUGGUAGCCCCAUUUUGAAGAAAACAGACAGUAGCAGAGAUGGGGAACACUCUCACAAGGCCAAGGAGAAGAGGUUGUCUGCUUCCCAGGAGAAGAAUCAAAAGUUAGAGUGAAGAGAGGGAGAAUUCAGAGCAAGGAAAAGAAAUGCGACUCCAGCCCAAGUACUGAUGAGAUGGCUUAACAUUGGUUUUAAUAUUGAAUAACAUUUCUUGACGCAUGGUAUGUCCUGCAACCUCUGGACUCUCUUCAGUGCAAUGGAAUUUCUUCAGGCUGUUGACGUGUUUUAAGCAUCUUUAAGAAGUGACAUCAGUCAGCUGUUCAAAGAAUCGGCAGUCAUGUUUAUACUACCGAAGUUUUAUUAAAACUUUAGAAUAGUGUGCAAUCUUGUUUUGUGUGCCUGGUAUGACACUUCAGAUUGGUGUCCUUUUUUUCUUUUUUUAUUACUUUAUCCUAAAUAUAAGUUGCAGAAAUGUACAGCUCAAUAGUUAGCUUCUGAAAUUCUUUCAAGAGCCUCCUUUAAAGUGACUUGAGGACUUGCGCAUUUUUUUUUUGCUGUAUUUGUAGUAGUGAUCAUCAUCUUGUCUGAAAUGUAUCAUCUCUUUCUCCCAAGGGUUUUUUUUGUUAGCCAUUCAAACAUCAUGCUCAAGACAUAGAGUUGGGCAAUAUAUCACAACAAUAAUCAUAAUAUUUUUAAGCAUAACACCAAUUGAGGUAGAUAAGCUUUCUUCUGUCUUUAUUUCUUAUUUCAUACUUGAUUCAGUAGUAAACAUCCACACUUCAGAGACCACAUGAAAUUUUUCCAGGGAAAAAACAUCACCACUGAUAUAUACUCACCGGCCACUUCAUUAGGUGACAAGAGUGGCACCCGGUGUGGUCUUCUGUUGCCAUUAUUUUUAAUUAUUAUUUUUGUGAUAUGUCGCCCAAUAGUUAUUCCCCCCCCCCUUUCUUCAAAAAUGUUUUUAUUGAAUGGACAGGUUUGUGUCAAAACGGCAGAAUUGGUGUAUAAUGCUUUUUGCUUUAAGGGUUUAAUUCCGCACAGUGAUAUUUGUACAUCAUCAUUGUGGCUCUCAGAAGUCUGCACAGCUGGGCAAUUUCAAAGCUUGAAAUGGCAACAGCAUUAGAUUUGAUGGCAUAUAUAAGGUAUCCUUUGGUAGGCAGUUGUCAUACUUAUGUGGCAGAUAGGAUGGCUGCCAGAAUUGUAACAUUUUAAUUCACUUGUAUAACCCAUUUCAUUCAUUCAAGUAGUUUUCAUUUGAUUUAGAGGUUCUGGAAUUGGAAAAGCAAUUAAAGUUUUUGGGCGAGAAAGUAGAAUUGUAAGGACAGAAAUGUGUAGGAUACUCAGAAAUUUUGUUGCCCUUGGAUUUUCUUUACAUUCAUUUUACUAAGGAGUUAAGUGCAUGGCCAUAUUUUGGACCACUUUUCCCAUAUGUAAUUUUUAUGUUGGCAACAGAAUCAUUGCAUUCAAGAAAAACCACACCAAAUCUUUCUGGAAUAUAGUGUUUAGUGAAACCUUUAAUUUGGAAAAUUUAAUCUUAACCUGUUUAAUGCCAUCCUUAUCCAGUUUGUGAAGUGGGCUUUUAAUUUCAGUCCCUGAAUGUUUAAUCAUUUUCCAUUCAAGGAUUGCUCUUUAUUGGGGUUGUUGGUAAAAUCAUAAAGGUUAUAUAAAUGUGAAGUCCUAGCUUUAUUUAAAAAAUCUAACAAUACCUGUAGUGUGAUCUGUUAUAAAAUAAAAAUCUAAAUGCACCUCUUCAA